AUGGGAGGGAACCAGGCCGUUGCGCAGCCCAUUGCGCAACCACCCUUUCGCGUCAUCCCGGUAGCGAUGCGCGGGAGUGGCUGCUACAACCAGAAUGCCAAGAUUCAGGAGACAGCGAUGGUCAAGGCCCUCUCUCUCUUUCCCGAUGCUUGUCGCGAAGGUGUAUUCGAUGAGAAGUUACGUACAGUGGUCGACUAUGGGGCAUCUGAAGGAAUCAAUUCCAUCUUGCCGUUGUCCCACUUCUUAGAGCUAUUUGCCAAGGAUCCUGCCCGUCCGAUCGACAUCCAAUACUUACUAAACGACACUCCAACAAAUGACUUCUCUUCCUUGGCAAGGACAAUGCAUCCGGCCAUACAAGAAUGGGCAAAGAAUUAUCCAUCCGCUCGCGUUUUCCCUCAAAUGAUAGCUAGAAGCUUCUACCAGCAAAUCAUCUCAGAUGGACAAGUUCAUUUUGGAUUCUCGUUUAGUUGUCUUCAGUGGCUAAGUCAGUUUCCGCAAGCACAUGUUUCAGAUGGAGAGCCUAUUGUCGACCGCGUCUCGCGCAUGAGUUUUCGGCAAAAUAUCUGUAGGGAUCAGUCCGACAGGGAUCUGCACCAGUUCCUCCAAGUUCGUGGCAACGAAUUUGUUCCUGGCGGAUCCCUCAUCCUGAGUUUUCUAGGGAGCUCGAGUGUCUGUGGGUAUUGGGAGACGCCUGUCCUCGAGUGCCUUGUUCUAGCACUCGAUGAGAUGGUGGCAGAUGGUCUCAUCACCUUGGCAACAGCAGACUUAUUCUCCCCUCCCAUCUUCACUCGUGAUUUGCAGCAAGUCCGAGCCGUACUUGACUCCCCCGAGGUUAAAUCGGUAUGGUCGACUAUGCACCUUUUUGAAGAAGAUAUUGAGCAUCCAAUGUCGAGCAACCUAGAUAGACGUGGCAAGAGCUUAGAAGAAAGCACUCAAUAUGCACAGGAAAUGAUCAAUUUUGGCCUCGCUAUCAUGGCGGGCUUUUUGAUGGACGCAAUUCGGGCUCAGAAUAGAGCUGACAGCAUUACGCCCAUCUUCCGCUUCGCUCGGCGGAACACCUCGGAGGACAUCGAUUCGAACUUCACAAUGGCCAGCAAGCUCGCCCCCCUCUUCCGGUCGUGCGUCCGCGCCUCUGCGCGUAUGGCCGCCCGUCCCCAGACGACAAGCCGCGCCUUUUCCGUCUCAGCGACCCGACCAAGCGAUACACUCAAUGUGCAUCGCAACACGCCCGACAACAACCCCGACAUCCCGUUCAAGUUCAGCGCCGAAAACGAAAAGGUCAUUGCCGAGAUCCUGAAGCGCUAUCCUCCCCAGUACAAAAAGGCCGCCGUCAUGCCGAUUCUCGACAUUGGCCAGCGCCAGCACGGGUUCACCAGCAUUAGCGUCAUGAACGAGGUCGCUCGUCUGCUCGAGAUGCCCCCCAUGCGUGUUUACGAGGUCGCUUCUUUCUACACCAUGUAUAACCGCACUCCUGUCGGCAAGUUCUUCAUCCAGGCCUGCACCACGACUCCCUGCCAGCUCGGCGGCUGCGGCUCCGACGUCAUCGUCAAGGCCAUCAAGGAGCACCUCGGCAUCAAGCAGGGCGAGACGAGCGCCGACGGACUCUUUACUUUUAUCGAGGUCGAGUGCCUGGGCGCCUGCGUCAACGCCCCCAUGAUCCAGAUCAACGACGACUACUACGAAGACCUGACUCCCGAGACGGUCGUCAAGCUGCUCAAGGACCUCAAGGCCGGCGCCGCCACCGGCAAGCUUCCCGCGGCCGGUCCCCUUAGCGGCCGCCAAACCUGCGAGAACAGCGCCGGCCAAACGAACCUGACGUCGGAGCCCUGGGGUGUCGAGACGACACGGGCCGAUUUGUAA